GCUUCCUCUACAUUCGGCCCCCCAUCCAUACCGUUGCUCCGCUUAACCACUCUACUCAACCACCUCUCUUACAUCCACCCAACCGCGCCCAAACAAUCCGACACAUUAGCACAGCAGCUCAAUCAUAUUUACCUUGCUGCCGAUUGUGCAGCGAACUCGGUUGGUGCCGGAUUAGCGACUCACCGAUUUCCGCCUGUUGUCAUCAUGCCUUCCGCUACGGGAAAAAACUGGGAGAAGUACAAGAAGGAAUUCGCCGACGACGAAAUCGAGGAGAAGAAGAUCACCCCUCUCUCAGAUGAGGAUAUUCAAGUACUCAAGACGUAUGGGGCUGCGCCAUAUGGAGCAGCUAUCAAGAAACUAGAGCAGCAAAUAAAGGAGAAGCAGCAGAGUGUGGAUGAGAAGAUUGGAGUCAAGGAAUCAGACACUGGCCUCGCGCCCCCUCACCUUUGGGAUAUGGCCGCCGAUCGCCAGAGAAUGUCAGACGAGCAGCCGCUUCAAGUAGCUCGCUGCACCAAGAUUAUCGCCGACGAGAAGGACGAAUCGAAUAGCAAAUACGUCAUCAAUGUUAAGCAAAUUGCCAAGUUUGUGGUGCAGCUUGGAGAACGCGUCAGUCCUACAGACAUCGAGGAAGGGAUGCGUGUCGGCGUCGACCGCAACAGGUAUCAGAUCCUCUUACCGUUGCCGCCUAAAAUCGACGCUAGUGUCACCAUGAUGACAGUCGAGGAGAAGCCCGAUGUCACAUACGGCGACGUUGGCGGUUGCAAAGAGCAGGUUGAGAAGCUGCGUGAGGUAGUUGAGAUGCCGCUGCUGUCACCCGAGCGGUUCGGCGCACUGGGCAUCGACCCUCCCAAGGGUGCGCUCUUGUACGGCCCCCCCGGUACUGGCAAGACCCUUUGCGCACGAGCUGUGGCCAACCGGACCGAUGCGACUUUCAUCCGUGUCAUUGGCAGCGAGCUGGUGCAAAAGUACGUGGGGGAGGGCGCCAGGAUGGUUCGUGAACUCUUCGAGAUGGCCCGGACAAAGAAAGCUUGCAUCAUCUUCUUUGACGAGAUCGACGCGGUUGGCGGUGCACGAUUUGACGAUGGCGCCGGAGGUGAUAAUGAGGUGCAGAGAACCAUGUUGGAACUCAUCACACAGUUGGACGGCUUCGAUGCUCGAGGAAACAUCAAGGUGAUGUUCGCCACUAACCGACCGUCUACUUUGGAUCCUGCCCUGAUGCGACCUGGCCGUAUCGACCGAAAGAUCGAGUUCUCCCUUCCCGACCUUGAGGGCCGCGCCAACAUUUUGAGGAUCCACGCCAAGAGUAUGUCUGUUGAACGGGACAUCCGGUGGGAGCUCAUCUCACGGUUGUGCCCGAAUGCCACUGGCGCCGAGCUGCGCAGUGUGUGCACUGAGGCGGGCAUGUUUGCCAUCCGCGCCAGGAGGAAGGUGGCCACAGAGAAAGACUUUCUAAGCGCCGUCGAUAAGGUCAUCAAGGGCAACUUGAAAUUUAACUCGACUGCCGCGUAUGCACAAUACAAUUAGACUUGUGUGAGAGCGGUGUUUAGCGUUCGUCACGGAGGAGAGUUGGUUUCUGUAGCAGAAUGUAUGAUAGAUAUAAAUGCUUGUCUGCUAGCCGCCGGUUCGUUAGAACCCACAGCCGGCCACAUCAUAUGAGCCUAGCUUUGAUAUUCA